CUAUAAAUGCAGGCUGUUGCUCAGGAAGUGCAUCUUUUGCAAGAGAAGUGCGCAGUGAGUUAAUAGUAACAUAAUUUAGAAGUCAUUAUUUCCGAAAAGAAUAAGCAAGUGAAAAAAAUGAUUAAAUAUAUAAUACUACUUGCAUUACUGCUGCUACCGUGUGCAGAUUUAAAAGAAUCUAUUAAAUUUAUUUCAACAAACGGAAAUGUUGAAAACGAAAAAUAUGAAAUAAAAAUCAUAAAAAAAGAAGAUACAAAAUGCGAAAAUUUGGAAACGCUGAAUUUAGAAGAAAUGAAUUUAAGGUUUAUAAAAGAAAAUAUCAUCCAGUGCAACGGGAUAAGACACAUAAAUUUGCAAAAAAAUCUGUUAGAAGAAAUACCGAACCUGACGUUAAGGAAUGUACCAUACUUACAUUGUUUAAAUAUGUCAAACAAUUAUAUUAAUCUUUAUAAUAUAUUAUAUUUACAACAUCAAUAUCUAAACGUAUUAGACAUAAGUUAUCAAAAUACGCCCAAUGAAUAUGAAAAUAUGGUUGUUAUAGACGAUAUAGAUGAAGAAUAUACAAGAGAAACAGAAGAUAUGUACCAAUCCCUGGUAUUCAACAGUACUGGUAUAUCUUUACCAAAUUUAAAAUAUUUAGAUGUAAGCGGAAACCAUAUAUCAGCCAUAGCUCACGAUUUUAAAAUUUCAUUUCCCCAACUGAUUCAUCUAUUCUUAAUCAAUAUUAAUGCGUUUACAAUAGACGAACAAUUUUUUCACAAAAUCCCGAACUCACUACGUUUCCUACAUUUGGAAAAUAAUAAAUUAAUAAAUUUGAAACUAAAAGAUAUUGCAAAUAUAACAUCAUUAUUUCUCGAUGGAAAUCCAAUAGAAAACAUUGAUAUAACUUCUAUGAAAUUACAAAUAUUGUCUUUAUCUAAUUGUACGAAACUUAAUACAGGUACUUUUAACACCCCAUCUUUAGAAUAUUUAGAUUUAUCAAAAAAUAAUUUAUAUAGUAUAUCCAAUAUUCGUUUUGAAAAUGAAUUAUUGCAAACGCUUUUAUUAGAUUAUAAUAAACUAGUAGAAGUUCCUGUAUUAACUACUAUUACACAACUUUCGAAAUUAUCAUUAAGUUAUAAUAUGAUUAAAGAUAUAUCAGCAAAUAGAUUCACAAAUCUCAUACACUUGCAAAAAUUGUCAUUAAAAGGCAAUGGAAUAGAAAACAUAGAAAAUAAUGCCUUUUUAGGUUUAAAAAAAUUAGAAUAUUUAGAUUUGUCAGAAAAUAGCUUGAAGAAAUUGCCUUCUAAUUGGUACUUAUCGCUUGUAAAUCUUCAACAUUUAAAUGUAAAUUCAAAUAAUUUUUCAACCAUUUUUGAUUUACCAAUUCGUUACAUUUCUUCAUUGCAACAUUUAUCUAUAAAAAAUAAUUUCUUUAACAAAAUAUCAACAAGAGAGUUAGACGCUCUCCCGAAUAUGACGACAAUCUAUUUAGCUUAAAAUAUUUUAGUUUCAUAAUAGUUAAUCAUAUUUUCAUGUAUUUUGUAUAUAUAAAGCUUCUUAAUCUUUAUAUUACUAUCACACAUACUAAAAAUAAUUUAUUUAUAAACUACAAAUGCUGUAAUACUUUGUUACAACUACGUUAAUUUUUCUUAUUGUAACUUAUACCAAUAAUGUAUUAUGAUUUUAUCACUUUUGUUAUUAAAUAAAACUUUUAGUUUCGUAUUUCACUGGUUUAUUCAUUUGGAGUUAUAUAAUUUUACCAACAGUCUAUAUUGUAUAUAUAAUCAAAAAAUUCGAGAAUCUCAGCAUGAAUCUGUUAGUUGAUACUGAUCGCGCAGUAACUUUUCUAAUUGCUGAAUACGCUGCUACAUUCUUAUAAAAAAAAAAUUAUUGCAAAGGUAGAAUUUCGAGUCAAAUAAUGUAUGUAAAACUUUAUAGAAUAAUUUUAUUUGUUACGAAUAAAUAUAUAUGUAUAAAGAAACUUUUAGUUCAGGAAAAUUUUGAAGUUAUUUUCAGAAUCCAUAUAUACAAAAGACAAAAUAAAAAUCAAUUAAUGUUGUAACUUUUACAAUAUGUGUGUUUAAUAGUGCAAUGAUUCAAGGCUUUUUUGCGUUAUCUUGUAUUGCUGCGUAAGAUUUGCAAUAAUGAAAAUUAUAUUAGGUUAGUGAUUAUGAUAUAUCAAGGGUCUGCAUUUCUCGGAAUGCUUCUUGCAGUUCAGAGUAUUUAUAUCAUUAAUUCUUAGCAACAGAUAUGGUGAUAAUUUUGAUAACUGUGUAAGACUAGCUGUAAGAAUGCAUAAAGUUUAUGAGAAGUCAUCCCCGUGGCAUACAAUAUGUUUCAAUUUUAAAAAAGUAUAAUAAUAAUUCUGACUAUUUUACAAUGUGUGAUUAUUAUUUAAGUUAUA